AUCUGGUAACACUAUAAAAACAACAACUUUUUUGCACAUUUUUUGCUUUGCAAAUUUGGGAAACUUGUGAAAUAUUUAAGAAAAUUUGCAAUUACCCAAAGUAAUGCCAAAAGAAGAUUGUAAAUAUUGGGACAAAUGUUACCAGAAAAAUCCUGCCCAUUUGGAUAAAUACAACCAUCCCAAAAAGGAAGAAUCUAAAGCUGAAGAGAAAACUUCGCCCAAAAAGGAGGCAACAAAGGCAGCACCAAAACGCAGAUCCUCAGAAAUGGAGAAGCCAGCUAAAACUGAAGAAACCGUUGAGAAAUAUGAAGGGAAAGAAGAUAAACCUAAAUAUGAAACUGAUGAUUUGAAAAAGGAAGCUUUAAAUAAUAUAAGUGGAAGAGAUUGGAUGGCUAUGCUGCAGCAACGUAUUAAACUGUCCGAACAGCAGGAAUAUGAUAAUUUGCUUAAAACUAAUGAAUUUUUGCGUCACAAAUUUUUGGUGGAAAUGCCGCCAGAUUUCUAUGCUUUCUGGAAGUUUUUAGAACAGUUUAAAAAAGAUUUAAAGGGGGAGAAAUUGUUGGAUUAUGUAGAGAAAACAUUUCAACUGGUGUUGGUGGGACCAUUUGAAUUUUUGGCGGGAAAAUUUGAUAAGGCCAAAUUGCACGAGCCAGGAGAUUAUCUGCGACAUUGGCGUUUUUAUUAUGAUCCACCAGAGUUUCAAACUAUAUUCGUUCGCAAGGGAACGGGUAUACACUAUGGCUAUUGGCGUGAUGAUCCCCAUGAUAAGGAAACUUUACUUAUUGCACGUAAUGAUGCUACUAAAGGUUAUGAAUUUGAAUUUGUAGCAGGCAAUGCGUUUGAGGCCUUUUUGUACUAUUUGGAUAAAGAUUUUCAAGGUACACCCUUUACAGCGACCACAGUGUCUAAUGUAAAGAAAUCUUUACAGAAAUUCAUAGAAACCAAUGAGGUGAAAUUGGAAACUAUGGAAAAAUUGCGUAAAGCACGCAGCACAAAAGUUGUGUGCAAAACUUUCCACCGUGCCGGCAUAGUGGUGCCCUUCGAGAAUAAAACCCAAUUGGGUUAUAGGCCUUUAAUUGAAAGUGAUGCUGAAUUAAAGAAAAUUCUAAAACUAUUUGAAACGGCUGGUUCGUCUAAGGACAAUAAAGAUGAUCCGGUAACGGCCGCCAUAAUGGAGAAGCUACAACCUAUUGCUACAGCUGCCACUAUAGCAGUAGAUGAAUGUGAUUUUGGUACUUCUUUGGAAUUGGGUAUAGAUUUAUUUUGCAGUGGUUAUACACAAUUACAUGCUUUAGUUCAUUCGUUGCUGGUGCCGGCGUAUUCUUUGUUAAAAAGGCCUCAGUUUAUAGCUAUUUCAAAGGCUCAUUUAGAUCGCCGGGUGAAAUCUAUACACUUGAGCAUGUUUGAUUAUGAUAAGUGAAUUUGUUUUUCAAGUCUUUUUUUAUAAAAUAAAAGUAUUAACAAGAAA